AUGGAUGACCCUCUCGUCACGGACGACCCUAUCGCCAGUCAAACAGCAACCUUACGUCGUCACAUAGGCCUUGAGGAGCGGGAAGGCAUGCUAAAACCCGUCCCUCGCCGCGGAAGACGCCCUCUUUUCGUUGUCGAAUGUACUCCCUACGCUCCGUGUCCUGCGAAUUGCAAGUUGGCGACCUGCGAUGAGCCGAUCAACUUUGGAGUAUCGCCAGUAUGUCUCAAAGAAUGGCCCUUACACGUAUCUGGAGCGGCAAGAGCUGAUGCAGACUUCCUGGACCGCAUACUACCUGUGACGAGGUUAACCUGGGGUCUCCGGAAAAUAAGCCCAAUGAGCAUGAUGGACGGUAAUUACCUUUGCUCCGCAGGUGUUGAGAGGUUGGUACUAGAGUGGAAAUACCAGAGGGGACGCUGGAUCGACGAGAGUGAUGGCAAAGAAGUAGAAUCGCUUGAAGCCACAGACCCCGAUCUCUAUGUGAUAACUCACAAGGCAGGGUCUUCAAGCUUUAAGGUGUCUGGGCCACCUCCUGGGGUGAAUCCGGGGGAAUACCGACUCUCAAUCACCGCCCUUGCCCCAUAUGAAAGUGAUGGGCCUGAGGACACCGAGGAAUGGAAUCUCUUCGAUGACUUCCUUAGCAAUGAUAAGGAGAGCUUGAAUGAUCCUCAUGACUUGAGUAAGAUGUUGACAAGAUGGGAGAACUACAUGAAAUUUGCCUUCCUUAAAGAUGAUAACCUCAGCGAAGGAGCGAAAGAGCUCAGGGAGGAGAUGGGAGAAAAGGCCAUCAGGGCCAUCAAGAGACUCUCUAUUACACCAAUGCCGAGUCUACGAGUUGACUGA